AUGGCACCACCACGUCGUCACAAUAUCGGUGCGAGUCGCCGACGGAGGCGAGAAGAUGAGGGCGAGGAUGAAGGCUCGCUUGACGGAGAGGUGGAGGACGAUUCUCUGAGCGAAGGUUCAGUUAUAAGCCAACAGGAUGAGGACGAUGCCGACGGGGAAGGUAGUGAUGAGAGCGAGGACGACAACAUCUCCAUCGACAACCCCAACCGCCAUCAAACCAACGGUCGCGCGCCUGGCAGGCAUCAAGGGUCCCGCCGCCGCCAUUCGGCCUCUCCGCGGAAAGCAGCUUUGACGACGACCGUGUCUGACACAGCCGUGAUGCUGAAUGGGCUGAAGAUUGCGGAUGAUGGGAAGGGCGUUGCUGAGAUUCAUUUCAACGAUCUUAGAGGGGAGCUCGAGCCAACCGGGCGGACGCCAUCUGCACCGCCUACGGAGGCAGCAAGUGAACCGUUCUCGGACAGAAAACGCCGGGAGGGGGAGAAGGCAAUGAAGGAGAAAGAGGAGGAUCCUACUUUGGUCCCCAAGCGAGGCAGCUUCUUCCUACACGACCAGCGCUCAACGGAGUCGGGGACGAAUGGUCAUAAAUAUAACAAGUCGAAGACGAGGCCGUACGGUCUCAUCGUGGACGGCAACGUGCGCAGAAAGCCAGACAUUACCACCGAAGGACAGUGGACACAUGAUCUUCAUGAUACGGUUGCCAAAGAUGAUCCCCCGGCCACUAGAAAUGCUCAUGUCCCUACGUAUUCCGCGUAUUCCAACAAAAAUAUCCAUACCACCGUGCGAACAGCACCAUCCACAACUCCGCCAAACCGACAAUUUGGAGGCAGUAUGAUCGUUGGAAAUGUGCCUAUUGUGGUUUAUAUCCCUGGAAUGGAUCGUCCGGUGUCUUUACCUCCUGCUGUGAAGCGACAGCAUACCCUUCUACCUCAACAUCGGCCCCCGCUACGCCGGGACAAGCCCGUCCGUGUCUCGCUACCCAACUCGGACCAACCUGGCUAUGUCUUCCCAUCACUAGAUCGCUCCUUCAUCUUUAUACCGCGAGCAAUGAGGCCCAACCAGCAGACUUACCGUGGGCGCGGCCGUGGCGGGUUCUUUGGAGGACGCCGCCCAAGCUUAUACGCAAACUCCACUUAUACACCAAGUGUCGCUAUGAGCCGGAGGUCUUCAUUCGGAAAACCACCAUCCCAAGACGGAUACCAUUCCCCAGCAGCUUCUGUUGCCUCACGGCAUACAGUAGUCACGACUGAGAACGGGAAACCCGUUGUUCGCCUGCCGCCUCCUCGACCUCCUGGGGCUAUGCCAGCAGCAGCACCUGUGCUUCCAAUCCCCCCUACUACGAUUCAUCCUCAGGCUCAAACACAAAUUCAACAACCAAUCUGGCGAGAGAGUCGCCCUGCCCCUAUCCCUAUGCAUCAGCCACGCCCACAGAAGGCUGUUUCCUUGGCUGACAUCGAAACCCCGGCCAGCUUCCCCGCCAAUCCUCCGCCAGCACAGCAAGAACAGCCGUUUCAUCACCAAGUUCCUUACGGCCCUGACGCUUCUACUGGCUACCCCCCUCCAGCACAUACAGUUGCAACUCCAUUAUCUCAAAUUCCCGAGCGUCCAGCCAAUGUUCCGCCAUUCCAGCUAUACGGAUUCCAGCAACCUCAGCCUUAUUAUCCGGGGCCCUAUCAACCUGGGCCAGCUUAUUAUCCAGUUGCGGGCACAGAAUAUAUACCCUACAACAACAGCGGGGCGGGCCCAGGGGCUCCUUUUCCUACGGGACAAAACGUGCCGUACAUGGUUUCGGGCACGCACACGCCAAGUGAACCGCCGUCCCAAGGCGGCCCCACGGUUGCACACGAGUCAAACGGCACGGUUUAUUAUCUCGACGCCUCCCAGAUGUACCCCGGCUCACCUUUUGGAGCUCCCCCAACGGGCGCUGCCGUGGGCAUGGGUGGAAUGAUGGCACCUAGUACAACGUAUUAUUAUCCCCAGCACCAGGGGAGUUACUAUCCUCCACAGUGA